AUGACCUGCCGUAUGGAACCCUCGCCGUCCCCUCUGCCGGCAGCAGACCCGCUAGCCGUUGUGGCAGGCGGCAUUGACGCGGGCGGCGAGUCGGCCGCGCCGCUGUCAGCGGCGUCGCAGCAGCUGCUGCUCGACACGCUCUCGCGCCUCCACGCGGACGACUCCGCGCAGCCUUCCGCUGCCGCCGCCGAGGGAGAUGACGUGGAGGACGAUGAUUGGGCGGAAGAGGAUGGCGAAGUGGAAGAAGAGGUGCUGGAUGCGCUCGAUUGGCUGGACCUGAGAGAAGAUCUCGCGUCGCGAGGCAACACUGGUGGCGGUGCGUUCGGCGGCGGAUUUUCUGCGGCGCGGCGGCCGAACGCCUUCGGGGGGCAACUAAACCAGGCACACGCAAACGCGCGCGCGGCGGCGUUUGGGGCCGCGGGGAAGGGCAGCGGAGGGGGAGCAGGAGUGGGGGCCGCGGCGGGGGCGAUGCAGCCGCGGGUGAACAAGCAGCAGCGGCUGACUGCGCGAGUCAACGCCGCGCCCAUGCGGGAUUGGGGUGACAGCUGUCAGCCGAACAUGGCAAAUGUGGUGAUGACAGCUGUGCGCGACACUAACAAGCGGCAGGAGCAGGGCCAGUCGCGGUUGAAGGAGAAGGCUGACCGUGCCACCGUGGAGCAGGUGCUGGAUCCGCGCACGCGCAUGGUGCUGUUCAAGAUGCUCAACCGCGGCGUCUUCUCCCACAUCAACGGCUGCCUCUCCACCGGCAAAGAGGUCAACCGCAUUCACCAUCACCAUCACUCCCUAUCCACCCUUGUUCUCAAUGCCCACCCCUUCACCCACCUGGCGAACGUGUACCAUGCCACGGUGGACCGCCCCUCUGCACUGCACAUGCCCGCUGCACUGGGGAUUGGGGGGAAUAGGGAGGGGGCGGGCGUGCAGCAGGGGGGCGAGGGGCAGCUGGUGAAGGAGCUGGCAGUGAAGGAGCUGGCAGUGAAGGUGUACAAGACGUCCAUCCUGGUCUUCAAGGACCGCGAGCGGUACGUGGCGGGGGACUACCGGUUCCGGCACGGGUACAGCAAGCACAACCCGCGCAAGAUGGUCAAGGUGUGGGCCGAGAAGGAGUUCCGCAACCUCAACCGGUUGCGGGCGGCAGGAGUGACGUGUCCCGUGCCGCUCAUGCUGCGCAUGCAUGUGCUCGUCAUGUCCUUCAUCGGCACGGAGGGGUGGGGAGCCCCUCGGUUGAAGGACGUGCAGCUGUCGGAGGGGCGGUGGAGGGAGUGCUACGGGCAGGUGGUGGUGGCGAUGUGGCGCAUGUACCGCCUCUGCCGCCUCGUGCACGGCGACCUCAGUGAAUACAACCUGCUCUACCUCCAGGGGCGGGUGUGGGUGAUAGACGUGUCGCAGUCGGUGGAUCUGGACCAUCCCCGCGCGCUCGACUUCCUCAGAGAGGACUGCCUGCACGUCACUGAUUUCUUCCGGCGAAAGGGCAUGGCAGUGCUGACGGUGCGCGAGCUGUUUGACUUUGUCACGGACCCCGUCAUGCCGGAGAGCCUCGUUGAUGACUGCCUGCACAAGUUGCAAGAGAGGGCAGCCAGCAGGCCGUUGGAGCAGACAGCACAGGAGGCCAUCGCUGAAGCUGUCUUCCUGCAGUCGUUCAUACCGCAGUCGUUGGAUCAGGUGAAGGAUGCGGAGAAGGACAUCCGCCGCAUCGCCUCCGCUACCAAGGCAGCAGCGCAGCAGCACGCAGCCGCACAGCCCGGGGGGGAUGCGCCCAGCAGCACGCAGCAGGGGGCGGCACAGGGUGGAGGAGGAGAGCAGGGCGCAGCAGUGGGUGCAGCGGCAGACGCAGCAGCUAGCAGCAGCAGCAGUGCAGCAGCAGCGCCGUCAUCGGAGGCGCCCCCUCUGGAGGGCAUCUUCUACCGCUCGCUGCUGGGGCUCAAGGAGGACCUCUCCGGCGUGCGCACCCUGCCCGACAUCCUGCAGAGCGCUGAGGGGCGCGGUGUGGAGGAGGCGGGGCAAAGCGGUGGGAAGGAGUGUGAGGAGAUUCCGGGAGUAGUGAGGCCGGGAGGGGAGGGGGUGGAGGGGGGGGAGAGGAAUGAGAGUGAAAGGGGCGGUGAAGGGAUGGUGCCACGUGACCUGCGUGGGGGAGCAGAGGGGAUGGAGGGUGGAGAGGAGCAGCAGAGCAAGGAGGGGAGUGAGGAUGGGAGUGAGGAGGGAAGUGAUUUCUCAGAGGAUGAGGGAGGCGAGGAGGAGGGUGGAAGGCGGGGCAGGGAGGGAGCGGUGAGCAAGGAGGAGGUGAGGGCGGCGCGCAAGGAGAACAAGAAGAAGGUGAAGGAGGAGAAGCGAGUGGCUCGUCUCACCAAGGUGCCCAAAGCUGCCAAGAAGAAAAAGCAGAAGGCAGCUCAGAGCAAGAAGCGAUGA